AUGGAUUGUUAUUCGGACGACAUGGGUUCAGCAGACACGGAGAUCCUAAAGGGGCUCUCGCUGCGAGACCAGAGACUUCGUAUUGAACAACUAGAAAAACUGAACCAGUCCGAAUACAUUUCUGCAAGGGAGAUCUUGGGCAAUGAGCGCAAACUUCCCCGCGCUGCUAAGAUACUGGGCAAUUCUCUGCCCAACCCAAGGCCGGGCCUCCAGAACAUCGUGGAGAAGCAACAUCGUCGAUUGUGCACCCUGAUCGAGCAGCACAAUGGCUUGCAGCACACUCUUCGGCUAAAAGAAUCCCAACUGCUGCAGAUGGAGCAGACCAUGGAUAGUCUUGAACUGGACACGAAUCCUGACGGUGAUGAGCGACAGUAUGAUCAGCGUGUUCGGCAGCUGGAAAACUGCCUUGAGAAAAUGAGCAUCAAGAUCACUGAGGCAGAAAAUAUCCACAACACCUACCUUCAAGUGCAAGAGCACCUAAACCGGGAGGUGAGGGAGAUGCCCCAUGUCUUAGAGAAGCUGCAGUCCACUGUGCUCAGUGGCCAGACGGAGCUCAGCAAAGUGGCCCAGAUGUCCCAGGCAGCCGCAGCCUCCAUGGAGAGCACUAAGGGGGUUCUGCUCCAGCUGGAGAGACAGCUGAUGAUGGAGCGGCGGGAGAUUGAGACGCAGCUGAGCCACAGGCUGCUGGAGAAGGAGAUGGAGGUGGAGGCCAGGAUGGACCGGGAGAAGGACACCGAGAGGCGCAUCAGCCGCGGCCCGCAGAAACUCAAGGACCAGAGGAAGUCAGUCGUACCCAAAGAUGGUCUCACUGACAUCAUUGAUCCCACUGCCGUGCGAGUGAUCCACCAGUCGGCUACUCAGUCCAAUGCACAGCAGGCCAAUGUGAAGAUGUUGAAAGACAUGGAUGACCUAAAGGAUGCCCUCGGCUGUACUGAACUGCAGGAGCUGGAGGGCCGGCUGGUGUCCCAGAGGGCCACGCGGCAGCAGCUGCACACCCAGAUGACGCAGUGCGAGGAGCUGCUGGCCCAGCGGCAGGAGGCCCUGGCUGCGCUGGAGCUCCAGUACGCCCAGAGCAAGUUCAACCCCGGGCCCAGCGGCGAGAGGUUUGAGCAGCUGCGGGCGGAGCUGUGUGCAGAGCUGGAGCAGGAGGCGGGGCGGUGCCAGGAGGGGGAGGAGCUACUGGCCAAGGCCCGCGCCGUGCUGCAGGGGGUGGAGCAGGGCGUCAACAACCUCUUCUACCGCAUCACCUGCCUGCCCGCCACCAAGGACGUGCCGGUGACCGAGGCGAGUCUGGACGCCGUGGGCAAGCUGCAGGAGAUCGACAGCCGGCUGACCUCGCUGCCGGACAUGGAGCCCGAGCAGAGCGAGGAGGAGGGCGGCGCCAGCGACAAGCUGUGGACCUUCCUUGUUCAGAGCACCAUGACGGAGCCACGCAACUUCAAGCAAGCCAGCUGCCCUACCGACAACAGCAACUCAGAAGACACCUUCCAGUUCCGCAGUCAAGAGGAGGACUACUCCCUUAGUCGCGACGAAAUCAAGCGACGCAACAAGCAGCUCAUCGAGGCCCACCAGCCCAAGAAGAAGGCCAACAAGGGCUCCAAGAAGAGCUAAACGCUCAGGCCCAUCUCCAGGGAUCGUGUUGAGACAUGGGAAAGUGUAUCGGAGUCCAAGGGAGCUUCUCGGUGAAGCUUAAAGACAAUAAACAGGUCAAUGCUA